AUGGACAUGGACAGGCGACAGGCGACAGGCCUUCUCGUGCUGGUCCCCCAAGCGAGCGCGAUGCCCCAGAUUGGUGGCGACAUCAGACCGCCAGUGCACGCUGCUCGAGUAGGCGGUCCUGCAGGACAGCUCAUCACCUGUAGCACUGCCGACGAAUCAGCGCGCAUCCAGCCCGCGCCUGCUGCACGACGCCCAAAGCCCUCAGCUACGACGAUGCGGUGGGACCUUUGUCGCCCACCGGUGGCUAGCCAGCCCAUCCCCGCCUUGUACAGACAUUCGUCGACAGCGCAUCCUAUGAUCGGCCCUAGACUGACUCUUGACGAGACAUGGCGGGAGAGCAUCGCCCGGUCGCGCGCCAUGCCUACCGAGAAUAUGCGACACUGUCUUGACCGCACCGGCACUGCAAAUCCGACCGCCCCAGAACAGCGUAGGAAGAUGCGCUGCCAACGCAUGCAUAUGCGCCAGCUGUCAAAAGCUGGCCUGCACGCGCAGAGGUUGCCGUCUUCCUACUUCAUCUCGGCCUGCAUGCUCAUCUGGGCGAACCUGUUCUCCGAAAGGGAUAUCCCGGCCACGUCCAAUGAGCCGCACACAACAGCAAGGCGACUGUGCUAG